UUUUCAACAUACGGCAGUCUUCACAUACGGAGCUAAUACUUGCUAACUAGCUGAAUCAUUUGGUUGAAGUUUGCUCUUUUAUUGUAAUUCGAUUGGUAUUGCAGUGCAAUGGCGGCAAGAUAUGACAGAGCUAUUACUGUCUUUUCUCCCGAUGGUCAUCUCUUUCAAGUGGAGUAUGCACAAGAAGCUGUAAAGAAGGGUUCCACGGCGGUGGGAAUCAGAGGCAAAGACAUCGUUGUCCUUGGCGUUGAGAAGAAAUCGGUAGCAAAGCUACAGGAGGAAAGGACUGUCCGGAAGAUAUGUGCCCUGGACGAGCAUGUCUGCAUGGCAUUUGCAGGUCUGACUGCAGAUGCCCGAAUUGUGAUCAAUAGAGCUCGGGUUGAGUGCCAGAGCCACAGGCUAACUGUUGAGGACCCCGUCACAGUGGAAUACAUCACACGCUACAUCGCUACACUGAAACAGCGCUACACUCAAAGCAACGGGCGCAGGCCAUUUGGCAUCUCUGCGUUAAUUGUUGGCUUUGACUACGAUGGGACUCCCAGGCUGUAUCAGACAGACCCUUCAGGAACCUACCAUGCCUGGAAGGCAAACGCAAUCGGCCGCAGCGCAAAAACGGUGAGAGAGUUCCUGGAGAAGAAUUACACAGAUGAAGCUAUUGCUGGGGACAAUGAGGCAAUCAAGUUGGCUAUCAAAGCUUUGCUUGAGGUUGUCCAGUCAGGAGGGAAAAAUAUUGAACUUGCCGUUAUCAGACGGAAUCAGCCACUGAAGAUUUUGGAAUCCAAGGAAAUUGAGACCCUGGUGGCUGAGAUUGAGAAGGAAAAAGAGGAAGAGGCAGAGAAGAAGAAGCAGAAAAAGUCCACUUGAAGCAGUUAACUGAGAGCUUUUCCUUUAUUGCACUUAGAUGACAAUAACAUAUUUGGGUUGCAGAUAUUAGACCAUUUUAGAGGGUUGACUCCUCAUGUAUUUCAUUAUAUAGAGCUAAAUCCUAACUUGAGAUCUGUUGAUGCUGUUCACAUGUUUUGAACAUGUGUCUGAGUGAUACUGUACCAUUUUCAAAGAGUAUCUAGUUCCUGUACUUCCAGCUAUUGAGUUGACUGAUGUUUUAAAAGCACAUACAUGGAUCUCAAGUUGGGGUUUAGAUCUUAAACUACGCUUACAGGAAGUUUUUUAUGUCAUUCACCAAACAGCUCUGUUGGUGAUGAAUCUCAAAUGUUGAAAUAUAACUGUUCAGAAACAAAAUGAAACUAAAUACUCAAUAAAAGCUGACUUGU